AUGCAGUCGAUUCUCUAUGGAAGACCAAUAGUGCACAGCACCGCGGCGCUGAAGGCCCUAGUAGCGAACUUUCGAAUGUACACAGAAGCGCAGCCACUUUCGAAUGAUUCGGAUGAGGCACAGUACGAAGAGACUAUGCAAGCGAUAGAUCUGAUCAAAGGUAGCAUUUCCCAGAUUGACUUUGCCAAAACAUCGCUUCAGGCAUUGAUCGAUAAAAUGAAAGACACAUAUGAGAAUACGAAAAACAAAGAAGAGAAAAAAGCUCUGCUUCAAGAAAUCGAGCAAAUAGAUCAAGAGACUCAUUUCAACGAUGUGAUAGGAGAAGCUGUAGAACUGCAGUUUAUGUUGGGAACGCGCCUGACUGAGACUGUGAGCAAUCAAAGAAGACUUGAGCGCAAGUUAGGAAUACUCACAAAAGUACCUCCAGGGCAGAGCGUACAUGAGUUCUACUCGAAUUCGCAAAACAGAAACAGUUCGGAUGGCACUCCCUUUGCCACUCAGUUCGACGACGAAACUGAAGCGAGCACUCAAUUAGCUUCCACGGUACGCACAAUGUCACCACCUAGGCUGUGCUUCACCAGCGAAAACGCAGAAGAACGCGCCACCGUGUUAAAGCAACGUGGACUUGCGGCUAGCAAAGAACAACACCUCAAUCAGGGAAACAAGACCGUCAGCGUAGCAAGCAAGCACAGAGACGGUGAGUCAGCGAAUUUCUUCCGCAAUGGAGGUUCACAGCCGCGCAAGAGCAACAACAUCAACAUCCACAUAGAACGCGACAAUGAGUGGGAUUGCGCCAGGGAUCACGAGACCACUGCAGAGGGUUACAACGCCAACAACUCGUUAGGUACCAUCCAUAUAGAACGACUCCCGACAGAGUUGCAUUGCUCUAAGCGCACCCUGUUCUUUACGAGAGAUACGAGAAUUGAAGUCUUCAGCGCUACCAGAUGUGCACAAAUGGGAUCAUGUAGAAAUGAUGUAUGCUCGAAAAUUCGUUAUGACAGUGAAAUCGCUGAGUUUGCGAACGCUUCCAAGUUCCCAGGGUAUUCCGGGUGUGAACGGUCCUGCGGAGGUCUAAUAUGUGGCGGCUGUCUGUUGCCAUUUCCCGCAUGCUCCUUCUACAGAAUUGCCCACAUACCAGUGAACAAGAUGGUGUAUGAAGUAGUCAACUGUAUGGAAUGGAGACCACUUAUAAGGUUACGCGUUCACAUUUCACUGUCUCAUUACCGAGAAGAGCAGGCAACACUAAUCAUGAGGCCAUAUGUCAGUCAAAAAAGACAGGACGUAUCAUUUAACGUCAUCUCCUAUGCAAAACCAACUUGUCCCCUACUGACCAGCAGGUUCGCGAUUGCACAUGAAGAAGCGUUACUCAUACCUGAGCAAAUGAAAAUGGCAACGACAUGCUCAUCCUAUGAAGAAGCCGUUGAGAAUUUUCAUCUUUGUAGAAACAACAUCAUAUGUGACUGCGACACCGGAAUAAGUCCCGCUAGAUGCAACUGUCCGCAAGCUCCUAUCGCUACAAUGAGAGCAGAUCCCGCCAACAAACUUCCUGUUUCUUCGCCCUUUGUGAAGUUAAUCCACAGACAGGGAAGUAUAGUAGCUCUAUCCAGACGAGAGGAGUUAACUGUUUCUAUAGAAGCAAAAUUCAUAAAGGACAGCGUCGAAUAUGUCACUUCGCAGAACUGCAUCAUCCUCCUCCAUAACUUGACCGGGUGCUAUAGCUGCCAGGAAGGGGCCACGCUUCGGACCUCUUGUUACACAGCUAUUCCAACAUGGAUUGUACUGGAGUGCGACGACCAUGUAUUCUCAGUUGAAUGCGAUUCCACCAAUAAGAGUUCGGUCAUAUCUCUCGACUUCUAG